GCACAGGGGCUUUGAUACGGCCUCGUCCCAGCGCAGGCGCCGAGCGGAAGCCAUUGUCAGUCAGUGACCCACAGGCCGGAGCCGAGGGGAGCGGUGGUCAGUGUCCCACAGGCCGGGAGACAUGUUUCCUUUCCUCAAGGCCGUGGCCACCCACAUGGACUACAAGGGUCAACAAUCAGCAGAGCAAACCUUCCAACGUGUGAUUGUAGCAGCUGCGGUAAUUGGCUUCAUUUAUGGCUACAUUGUCGAACAGUUUGGAUGGACGGUUUACAUUGUGUUGGCCGGUUUUGCAAUUUCAUGCUUGCUGACUCUCCCCCCGUGGCCGAUGUAUCGUAAGAACCCUCUGAAUUGGCAGCCAGAGCAAGAGGUAGAAGACAAGAAGCAAACUGAGAGCGUUAAGAAAUCAAAAAAACACAAAUAAGACACCACAAAUUAUCUGUAUACUCUGACAUUUACCUUAUUCAUGAAUAAUAAAGAUUAUUGAAUGAGAAA